CCCGGUUUGUGUGCCAUCCCUGUACAUCAUCACUACAGCGACGAUGGCGACGAUGACGACGACUGCGGUCGUAUCAGUUGCAUCGUGUUUGUUGGCCCUGAUAGGCAGUAUGGCAGCAGAAUACAGUGUUCAGCAGCUUCCAAGCCCUCUUUCCCACCUCGGAGAGGGUCCGGUAUGGGAUGCAGACAGCCAGAGCCUCUAUUACGUGGACAUCAAUGGAGCGGCCAUCCUUCGGUACGACUACGGCGAGAACAAAACCUACAGCGCCAAAAUUGAUGGCGUUGAUCCGAUUUCCCCAAUCAUCCUAGUUCAGGGAAAGCCCAGCCAGUACGUCCUGGGAGCGGGUAACAAGAUUGUACUAGUCAGUUGGGAUGGUCGUUCGGAGAAGGGGGCCCUCGUGAAGACCUUGUACGACUUGGGCGAAUCACAGAAGCACGUGCGCUUCAACGAUGGCAAGGUGGAUCCCAAGGGUCGACUCUACGCCGGAACCAUGCAACUGGAAACGAUGGGUGACAUGUUCCAGCAGAAGGAAGGUAAACUGUACCGUUUCGAUGGCAAGACUGGCGGAGAGUUCCACGUCUUGAAGGGAGGCGUCAGUAUCUCCAACGGCUUAACGUGGAACGAGAAGACCAACAAAUUUUACUACAUCGAUUCGGCUGCUUUGGACAUCAAAGAAUUUGACGUCCUGGAGAAUGGAGAUUUGCAAAAUGAAACCGUCCUUUACGACCUGCGAGUUGAUGGGAAAAAUCCAGGUUUCGUCGGCGAUGGGAUGACGGACGACGUGGAUGGAAACUUGUAUGUCGCCACGUGGGGUGGUUCCAAGCUGAUGAAGAUUAACCCAAAAACGAAGAAAAUCGAACUGGAGAUUUCCAUUCCGGCCAAACAGGUUACAUCGGCAGCCUUCGGUGGACCGCAGAUGGACGAACUGUUUGUUACGACGGCUCACACUGCCAAUCAAGAACCACCAGCCGGAGCGCUGUUCAAAGUGACUGGAUUGGGCGUCAAAGGCAAAGCGAUGCAUAAAAUGGUGCUGAAAGAUUGAAAUUAAAAGAAUUCCUGUGUUUGUUUUGGUAUAUGAAAAAGUUUUUGCGGCA